AUGGCUAAGCUAACAAAGCAGACAUUGCAGGAUGGCCGGACAGCACUGCACUACACGGCAGCGUGCCGCGACGAGGCGGCGGUGGCGGCACUGUUAGAGAGGGCGGGCGCGGGGCGCGGCGCGCAGGACGCGGCUGGCCGAACGCUCGCACACUACCGCACGACGCGCACUCGGCUCACACUUCCCGCCGCCGACAUGCCGCAAGCCGCGCGCAACCCACCUGGGCUGGUGUUCAAACGCCACAACAUACGCAUAUGGUGUCAUGAGUGCGACAUGGGUCGACUCCAACGCGUGGUGUGGGAAGGGCACGGGACACAGUUGCUCAGCGAAGUCUCCAGCCAACCCAUUGUCAAGCGUUUUCUAGAAGCGGUCCCAUAUAUUAUGAACACGAUACGUGACAUCCACAAUGCUGUUAUUCAAAAUGAUCUGGAAGGUUUAAUAAAGCUGACUGCAGAUCCCGUGCUGCCGCGAGUGUUCUCCAGCAGGGAUAUAAACAAUAUGACUGCAUUGCACAAGGCUGCAGGGUUGGGACACUGUGGUAUUCUUAAAUACAUAGUUGAAAAAUACCCGCAAGGCAUAAACGAUGUUGACAAUAACGGCAGAACUCCACUACAUUACGCCGCGACUGUAAAGGAUGAACAACACACAUACAAUACCCUUGUAGGCCUUGGUGCUGAUGAAAGUGUUGUUGACAACAGAAAUAAAAGUCCUGCUUAUUAUGUUAAUAGACCGCAGGAAAUUGACAAAAGUACACUAAAAAUUUUACCUGAUGCACCACGCACCCCAUCAAGUGCGUAUCCAACGUCCUGGGACUGGAAAUUACUGGAUGUUGAACAUACAGCUGAUAUAAAUAAAAAGCAUCGAAAGAAGAAAGCGUCCAACGAAAAUAUAUCAUCUAAAAAUAACACUAGUACCUUAUCAGAACCCUUUGAAAAUCGGAUAAAUUUAAUGAAAGGUAGUAGUACACACGAGCAUAUAAAUACUUUACCUGAGCUAGACGAUACAGAUAAACCAAAUAUACCUAAAGAUGUUGAAGAAGAAAAUGCAAAAAAUAUAAAGGCAUCAGAAGUAAUAGAAGAAAACAACCAUGAAGAAGUGAAUGUAGAUAAAGAAAAAGAUACUACUAUAGAAUCUCUAGAAUUUGAUAAAAACUUAACAGCAGAAGCUAUUGAUAGUGAAAAUUUACAAGUGCCUUCAACAACAGAUGAAAAAGAAAUAGAAGACGAAGGUAAAAGUUUGCUACUGAAUAAAGAAGAAAAUAACGACGAAGAAAAAUGUGACACCAAGGACAUAGUAGAGUCAGAAAAUGAAAAUAGUACACACAAUGAUACUAAUGAAAAAGGCACAGAAAAAGAAAGGAUAAAUGAAAUCGAAGGUGAUAAUGUAGAUCAUAAUAUAGACGAAAACGAAAAUGAAUCUGCAAAUCCAAAUGAGCAAGUAGGAAAUGAACAAUUUAAAAAUGAUGAUAGUAAAGAGACAGAUGGUCACAAAGAUAGUUUUAAUAAUGAGGAUCAAACUAAUGACAAAAAUUCAAUAGACGCUAUGUGUGAUUCGGAAGAACAAUUAGAUAAAGAUCAAGAAGAUAUUACUGACAUAAAUGAACACAGGACAUCGAAUGGCGAAGUAAGAACAGAAGAGCAGGAAAAUGAAUCUCAUGACAUAAAUUCUGAUAUGAAUGUAGAAGACAAGAAAUCGGUUGCCAAUGGACCAGAAGGUAAUAAUAACUGUGAUCGCAAUGAAGAUGACGACGAUGUACAAGUGCAAGAGAAAUUACAUAUAGAACACAAUGGUUUAAACGUAACCAUAAGAGAUCAAAUUAAUAAUUCCUCUUUUGGAAAGCAGAACUACGGCAGAAAUACUCAGGAAAGUCUUAUAGAAGGUAUCAUUAGUGGUGAUGCUGAACAAGAUUCACAAGAUGCCAGUAUGACACAAAAAGAUGGAUCUGUACACGGAGAUAUACUUAUAGUUGAUAAUGAAAUUGAUCCAGAAGUAACAGAUUUAAUAAAUAGUGCCAAUAUGGAAAUGCUAGCUACUUUAGUUCUCAAUGGUGAGGGUUCCAGAUUAAUUGGAAGACGUUCCCAUAAUGCAGAACUACAAGCAUUUCUAGAAAAUGUGCCUACGUAUAUGCAAAAAAUCAAUCGUGUGCAUUUGGCAGCAAGAGGAGGCAAUAUAAGAGAUCUGCAAACAGCUCUAGAUAGAAGAAAAUUUGCAAUUGCCAGAGAUCCCAUAUCUCCAAAUGGUGCUACUCCGUUACACGUAGCUACGGUGUUUGGGAAAACAAACAUCAUAAAAUAUCUUGGCGGCAGGUUUCCUGAAACUCUAUCUGCUGUCGACUUUGAAGGAAGAACAGCUUUACAUUAUGCUGCAGUAAUACCAGACAAUGGACAUUAUUACAAUUUAUUGCAACAGCUUGGUGCUAACGAAAAAGAUUUGGAUGAUAAUGGUCGCUCAGCUAAAGAUUAUUUAAACAAUCCAAAUUUAUUACCUUAUGAACAGUUAAUUGCCGAUUAUGGUAUGAGUAAUGAGAUAGCUCAAAAUAUGUUGUCGGAUAAAGUUCCUGAAGAUCAUGUUUCGUCACGUCGGGAUUUGGAUACACCAGAAGCUUUAGAUAUACUAGAACGUUGCUAUCGUCUUCUUGCUUCUGCUAGACCAUCUCGGACUCCCCUUUCUGCAUCAUCAAAUAAAGCCACGCCACCGUUUGUGUUGGGUAGAUUUCUAAAGAGAUCUAUAUUUGAAGAAAUAAGACACCGAGUAACAAAACUCGAUCAUGACCUUUUUGACGUCAUUUGGCCAGCCGUAAAAAAACUACCAAAUAAUAAAAAUGUUGUCCAAACUGUAGAAGAAGACUUUCCAGGUGGUGUAACAGCCCCAGACUAUUAUGUAUACGAAGUUUUUCAUGAAUUUUUAAUCCCGUUAGUUAAAGAUCUUCACAAUAUAAAUAAUUCUUCUGAUUUACCCAUACAUCCUCCAUCAGACUUCGAUACAAAAGUAUCAAUAUCGACUUCCGCAUCUGAACCUUUUAUUGAAUUAAAUGUUGAUCCAAGUGAUGAAUUUGUUAUAUCUGGAUCAAUUGAGUGCUCGAGAAAUUUAUGCGACUUUGAAUUGCCAUUAAAUCUCAAGGUUGGUAAAUUGGAAACUGUCGAAAGAAUCAUAACUACAUUACUAAUGCAUGAGAAAUUUUCAUCCUUAAUAGAAAAAUUUUAUCCGGAAACUAAUCAGAAGGGUGGGACGUAUUAUACUUUAAAUGAAGUUUUAGAGAAACCAUCAGAAAUAUGUGCAACAUUAGCUGAAAAUGGCUUACUUAUAGCUUUGUGUGAUAAAGAAGAAAUUGACGAUUGUACACGAUUACAUGGUAGGCACUGGCCAUAUGGUCGUGGCGUUUUUGUAAGUGACGAUAAAACGAUAGCCAUUUGGAUUAAUGUGCAUGAUCAUUUGCGUGUAAUAGUAUCUACCCCAUCUGACGCCCCAGGUGAAAUUGGUAUAGCAUACAACAAAAUGUGGUUUAUAAUGUCCCAUCUCCAUGAUAGAUUGGACUUUGUUUGGAAUCAAAAAAUUGGGUACUUAUCAAGUCGUCCAACCUUCUUGGGUGUUGGAAUCCGUUUUAGUUUGAUAGUAAACUUUCCUGGAUUGUCGAAAGAUUCAGACAAUAUGAAACAUUUAUGUGCUGUAAGAGGUCUACAAUAUCGAGAAACAUUAAACGCAGACAUAGCAAGAGUAAGCAACUACCAAUGCUUAAGUACAACUGAAUCCAACUGCUUCAAUGAUUUUGCAACAGCAGUUACUAAUCUUCUUCACUUAGAAAAGGACCUAUCAAUGCAGAAUUCAGCACAUUUAACUGCAAUGUUAACGAAUAUUUUCAAGAGAAAAAGAAAUAGCUUAGCAGAAUUGCACAACCAAAAUUUGCGUGAAUACCAAUAA